GUAUUAUUAUACUUGAGACAGGAAGCCAAGGUAUUUGAGAGGCAAUAAUGGAAGUUACUCAGCAGUCAACAUCAGUGAUGCCAUGUUGCAGUGGUGGAGCAGUGAUAGUGCGUGUGAGAUAAACAGUACAGAGAGAUGCACAUUGAUAUGAGACAUCAUUCAACAGCCAUCAAGGAGAAAAGGCAAGAGGGACAAGUCUGAAGGACGAUAAGCACCAUAAGGAAUCAGAGACACUUGAGAAGAGCUGAGGAGAAGCACCAAUCAUCCUGAGUGAAAUGCAAAAGAGGGGACAAUGGGGUACACAGCAUUGCAUACACUUCUCUGGCUUCUAACUGCAUUCGUUCUUACAACACAAGAGUUUGUGAAACUAAAUGUGACUCCCAAGAUUACUGCAGAGUGUGGCAAACAGGUUACCCUAACCUGCAACGUGUCCUCAUCACGGCAUGGACUAUCAAUCAAACACAUGAACUGGUCCCAAAAAAACAGAUCUUUCUGUUCUGUGGACAGUGAAGGAAAUAUCUCACACCACAUGCACACUCUAAGCCACUUCCAUUGUGAGUAUAAACAUGGACAAUUGUCGCUCAUCUUUAAGAGAGUGCAGCCACUGGAGAGCGGAGACUACAGGUGUAAACUGCAAUCCAACCAGGGAGCUAAGCAUCAAUAUACAAGAGUGGAGUUACAAGAGUGUUGUGGAAUCGUUGAGGGUGUUUCGACUAGUGGUGGUCCCGCCUGCACCUUCAAAAACGUCUACCCAGAUGGAGAUGUGCACUGGUUUCACGGCUCCCACAAUCUCUCAGAUGGGUCUGUGAGGCAACACACUACUAAACAUGUGGACGAAGGGGGGUGGCUGACUAUCCAUAGCGACCUUGAGUGGAAAAGUUCAACUGUGCCCUACAACUGUUCCUUGAAGAGCAUCACAUCUGGUAGAUACAUUACAUGCACUUCGGUUCAGAAUUCAGAAUUACUGGUCAUAACCAGAUCACAGCAACAUACACAUCUGGGCGGGAAUGGAGUUGGAUCACAGGGACCUAUGUGGACAAUUUUGUGUAUUUCGAUUUUACUUGCUGUCACGCUAAAAUAAUGUAUUUGUCAAAGUAAUUCCACAUAAUGGAGUGUAAUAAGAUAUCAGGGUGAAGCGAUGAUUAACAUUAAUAAGGAACAAUGAGGUGCUCAGAAUUGUGUAUAUUUUAAAUUCCAGGGAAACAAUGCUCUCAGUUAAGUGAGUUAUCACACAUGGUACAAAGGUUCAUUAGUCUUGAUUGAAGUGAACAAGGAAAUGAAAGACUGCUGAGAGGCUGAUAAUCAUUAAACUGUCAU